CGAGGUCAGAUGUGGCACUAAAAUUGUAGCCUCCGGUAUUGCAGGAUUUUGGGUUGGAAAUGUUUCAGGCACCUGGCAACCCUGCUCACUAGGGUGGAGCUCCUUCGAACUUUUCUUUGGGCACGUUGUUUCUCUGCUGUUCGUUCUGUUCUGAAGAAAAAAAAAAGGUAAACUAGCCGAUAAAUUAAGCGUGUUAAGUUGUUUUGUUUGAAUGUGGACCGAUUCUUACUUUUUUGGACUGGCUUUGUGUGAAAUCAGCUUAUAAAGAUGGGGGCAAAUAAAGAGAAGAACGAAACAUGUGGGACCAUUUGCCUAAAAUACCUGCUCUUCACCUUCAAUUUCCUGUUUUGGCUGGCAGGGGGUGCAGUGAUGGCAGUAGGCAUCUGGACGCUAGUUGAGAAGAGUGACUACAUCAGUCUGCUGUCCUCAAAGAUUUAUGCUGUCUCUGCCUAUAUACUGAUCAUGGCUGGGGUGAUUGUCAUGGUAACGGGGGUUUUAGGCUGUUUUGCCACCUUCAAGGAGCAAAGACGACUUCUGAGAGUGUAUUUUGUUUUACUGCUGUGCAUUUUCCUGCUGGAGAUCCUGGCUGGAGUUUUGGCCUACAUUUAUUACCAGCAGCUGAAUGAAGAACUGAAGGAGAACUUGAGGGAGACCAUGGUUCAAAAAUACCAUCAGCCUGAGCAGGACCAUGUGACGAAGGCUGUGGACAAACUACAGCAGGAGUUCAAGUGCUGUGGCAGUAACAGCUCUUCUGAUUGGAUGGAGAGCGUUUGGAUCCGCUCCAUUAAGGCUGACAGACGGUCGGUUCCUGAUAGUUGCUGUAAAAACCCAGUCAUAAAGCUGUGUGGUCAGAGAGAUCACCCCUCAAAUAUAUAUAAAGUAGAGGGUGGCUGCAUCACAAAGCUGGAGAACUUCAUUCUGAAUCACUUGCAGAUCAUCGGUGCAGUGGGUGUGGGCAUAGCCUGUGUGCAGAUUGUUGGCAUGUUUUUCACCUGCUGUCUGUACAGGAGUCUGAAAUCAGAGCCAUACUGAAGAGACCACUCAACUACAGGAUUAAUCAGUGACCAUCAUUCUCUACAGCAUUUUUUGUUUCACAAUAAUUUUAAUUGAUAGGAAAUAAUUAGGAAACAAAAUCAGUACCAACUAUCCACAGGCACAGACACACAUAUACAGUAAUAAAUAUAGUGUUUUAUGAUUUUACACACAUUAGGUAUUACAGAGUUAGAAGUGGCUUUAUUGUUCUUAUCAAUUAACUUAAUUUCGGACUGUAUUUUAUAUAUGAAAAAUUUUAUGCAAUUUGUUUUUUCUUUUUAUGUUUGUACUCCCAGAUCCUAAAUCGAAAUCCUAAACCUCUGGCACAAUACUUUUUGUUUUUGGUCCAAUGCUUUGUAAUUUACCACUAGAAGCACCAGACAGAAUUGCAAAAUAAAUUUAAACUAACAGAAAUGUCAA